AUGAAUGGACAAGCACAAGAUGUAUUAUAUAAAGCUUUACCACAAGGUGUACCAUUUGAUAAUUACCGACCACCAAAUUGGGAUGAGUUUUUUAUGCUUAAAGUUUAUUUAACAGCAAAAAAAUCAAAAGAUCCUCGAACAAAAAUAGGUGCUGUUCUUGUGCGUGAUCGACGUGAUCUUAUAUCAGGAUAUAAUGGAAUACCUGAAGGAGUCCAAGAUUUACCGAAUCGAUUUGAACGACCUACGAAAUAUAUGUAUUUUGAACAUGCAGAACGUAAUGCAAUUUUUACAGCUGCACGACAUGGAAUACGAACUGAAGGAGCUACAUUAUAUGUUCAAGCGUUACCUUGUGUAGAUUGUGCUCGUGCUAUUAUACAAAGUGGUAUUAAAAAAAUUUAUGUUCAUGAACAAUUUUAUAAAUUAAGUACGAUGAUUAAACGAGAAAAAUGGCUUGGUCAUGAUGAUAUAACAAUGCAAAUGUUUGAUGAAGCUAAUGUUGAAUUAGUUAUGUUAAAUUUACCUCAUUUAAAAGUUGAUGCAUAUUUAGAUGGACUUGUUUAUCAUUUUGGUUGUUAA